AGUUUGCCUAAUUUUCUGUCUCAGUAAGCGAUUUUUUUUUUCAAGCUGUACUUGAACGCGUCCUACAUGUGUAUUACCUGGUGCAGGGAAUACGCACUAGUUCACCUCGCUCUUACAACGCAUACGGAUACUAGAAGGACAUAAACCAAUCCAAUGGCUGACAAUGAUGAGCUUCUGGACUAUGAGGAGGAUGACGAGCCUCAGGGAGUUACUGAUAGUGGUACCUCUGCAAACAAGAAAGAGGUAAAGGGUUCCUAUGUAUCCAUCCACAGUUCAGGCUUCAGAGAUUUUCUUCUCAAACCAGAGCUGCUUCGUGCCAUUGUUGACUGCGGUUUUGAGCAUCCCUCCGAAGUCCAGCAUGAGUGUAUUCCUCAGGCUAUCCUGGGCAUGGAUAUCCUGUGUCAGGCCAAGUCUGGUAUGGGAAAGACAGCAGUGUUUGUACUGGCAACUCUGCAGCAGAUAGAACCUGUUGAUGGUCAGGUGUCUGUCCUUGUGAUGUGCCACACACGAGAGUUGGCCUUCCAGAUCAGCAAGGAGUAUGAACGAUUCUCAAAGUACAUGCCCAGUGUCAAGGUGUCAGUGUUCUUUGGUGGCAUGGCGAUCAAGAACGAUGAGGACGUCCUGAAGAACAACUGUCCACACAUCGUCGUGGGAACACCAGGACGUACUCUAGCCCUCAUCCGCAACAAGAAUCUCAGUGUGAAGAACAUUAAACACUUUGUGCUGGACGAGUGUGAUAAGAUGUUAGAACAGCUGGAUAUGAGGCGUGAUGUCCAGGAGAUCUUCAGACUGACACCCCACGAGAAGCAGGUCAUGAUGUUCAGUGCAACACUCAGCAAGGAGAUUCGACCCGUCUGCCGCAAGUUUAUGCAGGACCCAAUGGAGGUUUUUGUGGACGAUGAGACCAAGCUGACACUUCACGGCCUGCAGCAGUAUUACUGCAAGUUAAAGGACAGCGAGAAGAACCGAAAGUUGUUUGACUUGCUGGAUGUUCUUGAAUUUAACCAGGUUGUAAUCUUUGUGAAGUCGGUGCAUCGCUGUGUGGCCUUGUCACAGCUGCUGGUGGAGCAGAACUUCCCUGCUAUUUCCAUUCACCGGGGGAUGUCACAGGAAGAGAGAUUAUCCCGAUAUCAGCAGUUCAAAGACUUCCAGAGACGGAUCUUGGUUGCAACAAACCUCUUUGGGCGAGGCAUGGACAUCGAGCGGGUUAACAUCGUCUUCAACUAUGACAUGCCGGAGGAUUCUGACACAUACCUUCACAGGGUGGCCCGUGCUGGCAGGUUUGGGACCAAGGGUCUGGCCAUCACUUUUGUGUCAGAUGAAACGGAUGCCAAGACCCUGAACGAGGUCCAAGACCGCUUUGAGGUUAAUGUAGCUGAGCUACCAGAGGAGAUCGACAUUUCCUCCUACAUUGAACAGUCCAGAUGAGUGUGAAGUAUCUUCUCAGUGAGGAUUGCCUUAAAUUCUCUGUCACUACAAUUUGGUGAAGAGAAAAAGGAGCUUAACAUUUUAUUUGAAAUUUCCACCUCCUGUAUUUGUUGGCACGCUCACUAAGAUUAAACAUUUCUUUUUAUGUUUGUGCAGGAUGCUUGUUUUAGUCUUCUUGUAAAAUCUUUUUUUUGGUUGUUAAAAUAAUAAACUUUUAUACUCAAUGUGAUGCCGUUGAAGUUACCUAAUUUUGCACUGUAACUAUGCCAGAUGUUCUAAACAGAAACUGUCGUCGCAAGCUGUAGGUCAUUCUUGUCACCAGCAGGGGGUGCUGGUAUCACACUUUAAAUCCAACUAAUUUCUCCCUGCAGGAGUUGUCGAAUAAAAACUUUUGUCUAAUAAAGUUGUCCAAAAAUCUAAAGACAGCUAUACUACAGUGUCUAAAUAGAUAAAUAUCACUGGAAUACAACUUUGGAUCAAAAAUUAAGACCCAAUGUGACCCAGAAAUAUAACAAUUAACUCACCUUUCCAAGCACUCCAAUGAACCAUUUAAGUUUUUGAAAACGUCUGAUUUUACUCCAGCCCCUGCUGCUAACACACAUUCUAGUUGCACUGUCAUUUAACAAUUUCUUAUCAAGCAAACUUGUUGCAAGUUGUCAAGUUUUAGAUGUUUAUGACAAUAUAUCAAAGACGCAGUGCAGUGUGUAUUCAUGUUUAUGACAUGCUGACUUGGAAUUAAAGUUAUUUUAAAAAAA